GAUCAAUAUCAAGCAUGGAUCAGAAUAAGAUUGGGAGGGAGAGAGAGCCAGAGAAGAGCAAUAUUGACAAACAUGAUUAUAAUGAGAAGGAGAAGUUAGAAGAAGGGCUUCCAAUGAAGGACAGUCCGUACCUCCAAUAUGAAGACUUGGAAGAUUACAAGAAGAAGGGUUACGGCGCUGAAGGCCAUCUCCAACCCAAGCCCGGCCGCGGUGCCGGCGCCUCCACCGAUGCGCCGACUCUCUCCGGCGGCUCCGUCACCUCCGAGGCUGAAGCCUUGGCUAAAGAAGCAAUCAAACGCUGAUU